AUGAGCAAUCAUCCUUUAAUAAUAGUGAGCAGAAGGUUCCUCUCCUCCAACACUCGGGACCCCUUGAAGAUUUUAUUUUUUGGAACAGAUGAAUUCAGUAACUUAUCACUCAAUGCCCUCCAUCAGAUAAAGACACAGCAUCCGGAGACUAUCGAACACCUCCAAGUGGUAACAAAACCUUCCAAAUGGUGUGGAAGACACCAUUCCACACUAUAUACGCCAGCCAUAACUCCGUUUGUUGAGUCUCUCCCAGAUAUGCCAGCACCCAUACCGUACGAACCAAAGAUGUCCAAUGUCACAGCAGAACUGUCCAAAGUUAUGGAAACACAGGAUAUCAACAUGAUAAUUGCAGUGUCUUUCGGUCAUUUGAUCCCGGCCUCUUUGAUAAAUAGCUCCAAAUACGCACUUAAUGUUCAUCCCUCGUUAUUACCAAGGUAUAAAGGCUCGUCACCUUUACAAUAUACGUUAUUGAACAAUGAUACGUUUACUGGGGUUACCGUGCAAGAACUGCAUCCAACCAAAUUUGAUGCAGGUAAGUGUGUGGCACAGACGGAUCCUAUAAAGUUGGAACCAUUAUUGAAGGAUCAUGAUGCGACGCUCACUCCAGGCUGGGAGACUAGAUUGUUGAGGGAUAGAUUGGGCCGCAUUGGUGCCGAUUUAUUGAGUCGUGUUAUCCUCAAUGGGACAUAUCUUCCUGGGUGUUAUGAACCCGUAAAGGGGAAAUACGAGAAAAAUCUGGCCCCUAUGAUUAAGAAAGAUAUGUGUAAAAUUGAUUGGGGGAAGAACGACGCUUUUGAGAUAAGCAACAAGUUCAAUGUCCUUGGGCCCGUUUUCACUUUUGUUAAAUCUAAAAAGGGUGAAGUUAAGAGAGUACUCUUCCAUGAGGUAAAAUUGGUCGAGUAUAAUGAGAAGAGUGAUUCAUUACUAUUACGGCCUGGACAAUUUAUCCAUCACCAGACUCAAAACGCAAUAUACGUUAAGAGCUUAUCUGCUGGACGGAUUUUGAAAGUGAAGAGACUACAAUUUGAAGGGUUUGCCAUAGAAGACGCCAAUUUGUUUUCUAAAAGAUUAAAGAAACGGUGCGGCUACAAAAAUACGGAGGUUAUGGAGCAAACGUUUGUAAAUAUUUUGAAUUAA